CCACCUCAACCCACACCAUCCCCUCUCCUCUAAAAUGCCACUGCACGCAUCUCGCGCAGUGCUGAGACAAUCACGUUUUGUGAUCCGUCGCCCUGCCUUGCGCAAUGCGUCCUCAACCUCCGAAGCUGCCGGCAAUGCGGCCAAUGCUGUCAAAGAGAAGGGCGCUGAAGUAAAGAGCAAGGCCUCGGAGGGCUUGUCCAAAGUCCAAUCUUCCGCUUCGAAUGUAGUGAGCCAGGCUAGCAGUGCAGCUGAUGCCGCAGUGGCAAAGACCAGUGGAACAAUUGGCUUUGUAUCUUCCUUGAUACCUCGCGUAGUUUACUAUGGAAGAGUCGGACUGGAGCUUGGGAAGAUCAUGUUUGAGCAAAGGAGCAUGAACCCACCAUCAUUGCAGACAUUCCAGUCAUAUUACCAAAAUGCCAUCAACAGUAUCCGCGGCGGAUCGAUCAAGAACGCUGCACCCAGCGCACAAUCUUUCCAACCUAGCAACAUACUUGGUCAGAUCAGGAGCAUGAGUCACGCACAGUACGCCUCAGCGGGUGUAAUUGCAGCGGAGGUAAUAGGCUUCUUUACUAUUGGCGAGAUAAUUGGAAGAAUGAAACUCGUCGGCUACAGGGGCGGGAAACAUGGCGAGGGCCAUUAGAUACACAGACAUGCACGCAUGAGAGCGGAUCAUUGUCGUAAAAAUGAGAUGGAUACACCUUACUCGAGGGCAAUGGACAGAGACCCUGUACAUCCCGGACUUUUUGUUCUGUUCUCUCAGUGCGCUCGUGUCUGUAUGCAUCGUACAUACAGCCUCUUAGAUCCCCCUGUGUCACUGUACAUGUAGGAAGUUUAUCAAAUACAUAGUUAUUACAGAGAAUGUGCAAACACUGACUAUGAAUGAGC